AUGCGUUUCAACUCUCCCAUCGCACUGGCCCUGCUCGCUGGAACUCUAUCACACGCGCUACCAGCUCCACAAGAUGCGCCGAUAGACCCCUCCUCGCUACCGACUGCUCCCUCGAGCGAUCCUUCAGUCGCCAGCGAACAACUUGAGCAAUUGGCUCAGUUCGCUCAACAACAAGUCGAGGAAGCACUUGCAGCAACUUCGUCAAAGCGAGCCGCUUGCACCUGGAACAAUGUGUCGGUACGCAAAGAAUGGGGCGCCCUGACGAAGCCGGAACGCAAAGCCUACACCGAUGCGGUACUCUGCCUCCAGAAGAAGAAGGCCAACACGCCUGCUUCACUCAUCCCAGGAGCAAAGUCUCGCUUCGAUGACUUUGUCGGCAACCACAUCUUGAAGACUAUGGAGAUUCACUACACUGGUACCUUCUUGGCAUGGCACAGGUACUUCACCUGGCAGUAUGAGCAAGCUCUCAAGAAUGAGUGCGGCUACAAGGGGACUCAGCCCUACUGGGACUGGGCAAAGACUGCUGCUAGCGGUCUCGAGAAGUCGCCAAUGCUCGACGGAUCUGCCUCCUCCAUGUCCGGCAAUGGAAAGUUCAUUCCCGGCCAGGGACAAGUUGUCAUCGCAGGCAGGGGCGAACCAUACAUCUACAUCCCCGCCGGUACUGGUGGUGGCUGUGUAACGAGCGGUCCUUUCAAGGACAUGAAGGUCAAUCUUGGCCCAGUCGCUCUGAGCACAACCAACGGAACCGAGAUCGCAAACGGCGACGGCCUCUCCUACAACCCCAGAUGUCUGACACGCGACUUGACCGACUACAGCAACAAGAAGUGGGCCAACGCGACCGCCAUCGCCGACCUCAUCAUCAACAAGAAGGAUAUCUGGCAAUUCGAGAUGGUCAUGCAGGGUGUACCAGGAACAGACAGUCUGGGUGUCCACGGCGGUGGUCACUACUCCAUGGGCGGUGACCCCGGCCGCGACUUCUUCGUCUCGCCUGGUGACCCGCUCUUCUACCUCCACCACGCUCAGAUUGACAGGACUUGGUGGAUCUGGCAGCAGCUUGACCGCAAGACCCGCACAAGCGAGGCUGGCGGUAUCUCGGGUACUGGCACCUUCUUGAACAUGCCUCCCUCGGCCAACACGACUUUCGAUACAACCAUCAACCUUGGAUAUGCUGCAGAUGGCACAGAGAGGAUGGAGGAUCUGAUGAGCACGACUGAGGGGCCUUUCUGCUACAUCUAUGUAUAA